AUGAAGCGAGCGGAGAAGGCGCGAUCGGACAAGCAAAACUCAUGGAAGAAGUUCGCCGACAAGAAGGCCACCAAGAGGAAGGUCGGCUUCAUGACCGGUAUGAGGAAGGAGAGCAUCUUCAAGACGUCCGACUCCUUCACGGGCAAGGUCGGCGUCACCGGGUCGGGCAAGGAGAUGACGAAGCAGAUGGAGGACAUCAGGGUCAAGUACAAGAAGAAGAUGGCCGUGCCCUCGCCCUCGGCACUCGACGCCAACCUCGGCACCCUCUGA